AAGCUGGAGUUCAAGGCAGCCUUCUUCUUGCAGAGUCACCAGCUGAAGAGGCAGCUGACCUUAUCAGUUUUUAUAGUCACGUCAUUUUAUGGAUGGAGGACGAGGCAGUACUGGAUAGAGGGGCUUCCUUCCUUAAACAUGUAUGUGAUGAAGAAGAAGUGGAAGGUCACCACACGAUUUACAUCGGUGUCCAUGUGCCGAAGAGUUACAGGCGGAGGAGGCGUCACAGAAGAAGACCCGGGCACAAAGAUAAGAAAGAAAAGGAGAAAAUCUCAGAGAACUACUCGGACAAAUCAGACGUAGAAAAUGCUGAUGAGACAAGCAGCAGUAUCCUCAAGCCACUCAUCUCCCCUGCCGCCGAGCGCAUCCGCUUCAUCCUCGGAGAGGAAGAUGACAGCCCCGCGCCCCCGCAGCUCUUCACCGAGCUGGAUGAGCUUCUGGCUGUCGAUGGACAGGAGAUGGAGUGGAAGGAGACUGCAAGGUGGAUCAAGUUUGAGGAGAAGGUAGAACAAGGUGGGGAGCGAUGGAGCAAACCGCAUGUGGCCACCUUGUCUCUGCACAGCCUGUUCGAGCUGAGGACGUGCAUAGAGAAGGGCUCCAUCAUGCUGGAUAUGGAAGCCUCUUCCCUCCCACAGGUGGUGGAGAUGAUCGUUGACAAUCAGAUCGAGACGGGGCUGUUGAAAUCCGAACUGAAGGACAAAGUCACCUACACACUGCUCAGGAAGCACCGGCACCAGACCAAGAAAUCCAACCUGCGCUCGCUGGCUGACAUUGGAAAGACCGUCUCCAGUGCAACACGCAGCCCGCUCGAGAGCUCCGUGCCCUGCCUGGCCACGCGCACGUUGGACGAUGAACUGGGAGUGCAGCGCAGCCCCAGCGUGGGAUGGCUCAGCAGCCCAGCCAUGGCUCACCGAAACCUGACUUCCACCAGCCUCAAUGACAUCUCGGACAAGCCUGAGAAGGACCAGCUGAAGAAUAAAUUCAUGAAGAAAUUGCCUCGUGACGCUGAGGCCUCCAACGUGCUGGUCGGGGAGGUGGAUUUCCUGGAGAGCCCCUUCAUUGCCUUCGUGCGGCUGCAGCAGGCGGUCAUGCUGGGAGCUCUCACCGAGGUCCCUGUUCCCACACGAUUUCUCUUCAUUCUGCUGGGACCAAAGGGCAAAGCCAAGUCCUAUCAUGAGAUCGGCCGAGCCAUUGCCACGCUGAUGUCGGAUGAGGUAUUCCAUGACAUUGCCUAUAAAGCCAAGGACCGUCAGGACCUGAUUGCAGGCAUCGAUGAAUUUCUGGAUGAAGUCAUUGUGCUCCCCCCUGGGGAAUGGGAUCCAGCAAUUAGGAUAGAGCCCCCCAAGUCUCUCCCUUCUUCGGAUAAGAGGAAAAACAUGUACUCGGGUGGGGAGAACCUGCAGAUGAACGGAGACACGCCCCACGACGGCGGCCACGGCGGCGGCGGCCACGGCGACUGCGAGGAGCUGCAGCGCACGGGCAGAUUCUGUGGGGGUUUGAUCAAAGACAUCAAGAGGAAAGCACCGUUCUUUGCCAGCGACUUCUACGAUGCUUUAAACAUCCAGGCCCUCUCAGCCAUCCUCUUCAUCUACCUGGCCACAGUCACCAAUGCCAUCACUUUUGGGGGAUUGCUUGGGGAUGCUACGGAGAACAUGCAGGGCGUGUUGGAGAGCUUCCUGGGCACCGCUGUCACCGGUGCUGUAUUUUGCCUUUUGGCUGGUCAGCCCCUCACCAUUCUGAGCAGCACAGGACCCGUCCUGGUCUUUGAGCGGCUCCUCUUCAAUUUCAGCAAGGACAAUGAUUUUGACUACCUGGAGUUCCGCCUCUGGAUCGGCCUCUGGUCAGCCUUCCAGUGUCUCAUUCUCGUGGCCACCGACGCCAGCUUCCUGGUCAAGUACUUCACCCGCUUCACCGAAGAAGGAUUUUCCUCCCUGAUCAGCUUCAUCUUCAUUUAUGAUGCUUUCAAGAAGAUGAUCAAGCUGGCAGAUCAUUAUCCCAUCAACUCCGAGUUCAAGGUGGACUAUAUCACUCAUUACUCUUGUGCCUGUAAACCACUAGAUCCAGUUAAUAGCUCAUUACUUAACAGAACAAUGGUGCUGUCAGACUAUGAGCUGGUCUCUCCCUCCUCUGAGCUGGCCAACACCACCAUUGACUGGGCAGCUCUGACAGCCAAGGACUGCUUGAAGUAUGGGGGUCAGCUUGUGGGCAACAACUGUGACUAUGUCCCUGACAUCACCCUCAUGUCUUUCAUCCUCUUCUUUGGCACUUACACCUGCUCCAUGGCCCUGAAGAAAUUCAAGACCAGUCGCUACUUUCCCACAACUGCCCGGAAGCUCAUCAGUGACUUUGCCAUUAUCCUGUCCAUUUUGAUCUUCUGUGGAAUAGAUGCCCUGGUUGGUGUGGACACACCAAAACUAAUUGUGCCAAGUGAAUUCAAGCCGACCAGUCCCGAGAGGGGUUGGUUUAUCCCACCUUUUGGAGGGAACCCCUGGUGGGUGUACCUGGCAGCAGCCAUCCCUGCCCUGCUGGUGACCAUCCUCAUCUUCAUGGACCAGCAGAUCACUGCCGUCAUCGUCAACAGGAAGGAGCACAAGCUCAAGAAAGGUGCUGGAUAUCAUCUAGAUUUGUUCUGGGUGGCCAUUCUGAUGAUUGUCUGCUCCUUUAUGGGGCUGCCCUGGUACGUGGCUGCUACUGUCAUCUCCAUCGCUCACAUCGACAGCUUGAAGAUGGAGACAGAGACUUCAGCCCCUGGAGAACAGCCCAAGUUUUUGGGAGUGAGGGAGCAGAGAGUCACCGGCGUCAUUGUUUUCAUCCUGACCGGGGUGUCUGUCUUCAUGGCUCCCAUCCUGAAGUUCAUUCCCAUGCCUGUGCUCUACGGUGUCUUCCUCUACAUGGGAGUUGCAUCUCUCAACGGCGUGCAGUUCAUGGAUCGGUUGAAGCUGCUCUUGAUGCCUCUAAAACACCAGCCUGACUUCAUCUACCUGCGCCACGUCCCGCUGCGCAGGGUCCACCUCUUCACCUUCCUGCAGGUGGUAUGCCUGGCCCUCCUCUGGAUCCUCAAAUCCACCGUGGCUGCUAUCAUAUUCCCUGUCAUGAUCUUGGCCCUGGUGGCAGUCAGAAAAGCCAUGGACUACCUCUUUUCCCAGCAUGACUUAAGCUUUCUUGAUGACGUCAUUCCAGAAAAGGACAAGAAGAAGAAAGAGGAUGAGAAGAAGAAGAAAAAGAAGAAGGGCAGUAUGGACAGUGACAAUGAUGAUUCUGACUGCCCCUACUCAGAAAAAGUCCCAAGUAUUAAAAUACCAAUGGACAUCAUGGAGCAGGAACCUUUCCUAAGUGAUAGCAAACCUGCUGACAGAGAAAAAUCACCGACAUUCCUUGAACGCCACACAUCGUGCUGAUACAAUUCCCUUCCUUCAAUCACACGCCAUGCCAAGCCCUCCACGAACUCCAGUAAAAGUUGUGCCUCAAAUUAGAAUAGAACUUGAGCCUGAAGACAAUGGUUAUUUCUGGAGGAGCAAGGGAACAGAAACUACUUUGUAAUUUGUCUGUCUGUUUGAUCUUUUACGAAUUCAUUUUGUCACUAGCCAAAUGUUAAGAAGCUCCCUGCUCCCACGGUGAAGGUGACGGAGCCCCCGCGCUGCCCGGGACUCGGAGCGCCUCCUGCUCGGCUCCAAGCGCGGCGAGGGCAGGAGCGUUCCGGAACCGCGUUCCGGAUUCACGGCAGCCCUGCGGGAACGCCAGAGGCGCCGGCUCUUGUGAGCCGCCGUUCGUCUGGCAGAACAGAGCUGACCUCCAGGCUAAUUCCAUGUCUGCUCCCGCUGCUCCGAGAUGCUGGAACGUGCUGCUAACCCUCACGUGCUCUCAUCUGUAGAUAAAAGAGAAGGUACUUCACUCCCAGCACAGACAGACCAUUGCCAUCGCUGUAGCAUGUUUGGAAAUGUCCCUUUCCUAUGCAAUUUUUUUUAAAGAAACACUUUAAUGGACUUAAUCCGUCAGGUACAUGGAAGAGUGUUAUUUUCCUAGAUUAUUUUGUUUAAAUUAUGGGGGCCUAACCUACGACUUUUUUUUUUGACAAUUUUUUUAACCUUUUUUUAAUUACUGUAAAGAAAAAUGAAUUUUUUUCCUGCAGCAGGAAACAUAUAGUUAUGAGUAGUUCUACCUCUUAUUUCUAGAUGCCAGGCUUUCUGUAAAAAAAUGUAUUGUACCAUAUAUAAUGUGAUUUUUACAAAAAACAAACCCGCAACAUCACACCACAAUCUCCAGGAUGUGGCAUAGGGCUGGAUCAGUUCAAUUAACACCUUCUGCUCCGAAGUGUCUGUUUUUCUUAGGGUUAAAUUGGUUUUUGGACUCUUUUUUUUUUGAUAAGCAAUCCCUGCUGUCAAAGAGACUUAAAUCUCUUGUGAUCUUAGAGGAGUCUAAAUGGACAGAUUAGAUGUGGCUGGUUAAAAUCCCUGUUGCUGAUGGCUGACGUGGGAUCGCUCCAUGAUUUUCUUGGAACACCGCUGUGUGUGUGUGUGGGUGUGCAUUGAGAAGAUCCAAGGUGUACCUUGGGUCUAUACCUCAUCAGGCACAGUGGAUGAGGAGGAAGAUGAAGGUGGCCUGCUGGGAAGUUCAUCCUGACACUUGGAUUCACAAACAUCCGCAUCCUUCUGCAUCCCACCCCUGUGUACCAUCAUCUACAGAAUUUACCCUAAACCUUGGCUACUCAGCCCCACACCCGGCAAUGCAGCAAGACUAAGCAGGCCAGGCAUGGGCAUCCCAGGAUUUUGGGGUGGAACCAAGCAGGUGGACAUCACAUCAGGAGAGAGGUUUUUCUCUCUGUAGCAUGUUCAUACCGGUGUGUGCAUCUAAAGGUGUGUUUGGGAAACUGGGCUUCACCAGGAUGUAGGGAAACACACUGAAAGCUUCGUCCAAAAAUAAAAAACAGAACAAGAAGAAAAAGUACCCCAGCUCUCAAGGCAAAUUCCCUAAUGGAGACAAUCCCAGCACAGAGGAUGGGCAUGUGCUGUCUCUUGGUCCUUGUGAAACCAAAGUCUGGGUUGGUGAAGUCAAGAGGAUUUUCUGAUGGUGCUGAGACCUUAAAUGCCAAAUUUUAGUAUCUGCUCCCACACAGGAGCCACCACCUCUGUACAGCCCCUGCUUGCUCUUGAGGGGUCUCCCCUUCAGUUUCCAUGAAAUCUGUGUUGAGUAUCCCAGGAAUCCGGCUGAAACCUGCUCUGAAAAUGCUGGGGAGACCUGGGAAAGGCCUGAAGAGGAGCAGCUCUGGGAUCCCUUCUGCUGCUGGAGGACAGGUAACUUGGGAGGUGUGAUGACAGCUUUAGCCAGUGCUCUCCAUCCCGUGGUGAACAGCACUCCUGGCACCCAGUGGGGACACAGGCUGGAGCGUUGCCUCUGGAGCCCACAGGAGCCACCUGUGGGAUUGCUGCACAUCCUGCCCAGACCGUGGAUGUGGAGCAAUCCCAGAGGAGGGGUGCCAUCAGGUGGGGCAGGGGCUGUCCCGGUCAGUUCCGUGGGCACAGCUUCCAUCCACUGGUGCCGAGCACCAGGUACCUGGUGACCUGUCUCCCCAAAAAUGAGGGCUUUGCUUCUGAACCGUGUUAAAUGCACUUGAAGUGUCCUGACUGCUGUUCUAGAUCUUUCUCUCUGUGUUGUGUUUUUUGUGCUGUGUUUUUUGUGUUGUGCUGAGGGCAGCGCUGCAGACAGGACAAAGGGUUCUGCAGCUUUCCAUGAGAAACAGCCACCUCUGGCGGCAGGAAGAGCCUGCAGCAUGGCAGGGAAAGGUUCUCUGCGCGCAGCAUGCCUUUGAGAAUAACUAGAACGUCCUUUCAAUCCAAACUAGGUUUUUUGUCGCAAAAGCCUGGGUGGGCGCUUCAGGGAGUAAGUGUGGAGACUGACCCAAAGCCCUCCAAGAUCAGAGGCAGCCGUCAAAAUUUACCCUCCCCCAGCAGAUGCGAGGUCCCAGCUGACGGUGGGGCCGCGAUGGCCACUGGCCCCAGCCAGCUCCGUGCCAGCCCCGCAGCGCCCUGGCCGCCGGCCGGCGCUGCCCCUUCCCGGGGCCGAUGCACCUUUUAUCCGUAUUUGAAUCCAGUCGCACUUUCAGCUACUUGUAUUCUUGUUUUUAAUUCUCGUAAGUCCGUGUUUUCUUUGGAGGACAGAACAAGGACUUAGGAUGAAAUGAAGUGGAUCAGAUGGUGGAACUAAAAGGAAAAAAGCAGAAAACAUUUCAAACAUAUUAAAGUGAUUUUUUUUUUUCAGUAAUAUAAAAAAUGAAAUUCCUUAUAACAUUAUAGUAUUUUACAGUUUUAUGAAGCUUUCUAUUGUGACUUUUAUGGAAUCAAAAGAUGAAGAUGAUGAGAUAUUUUAGCAUUUAUAUUUUUCAAAAUUAAAUAAAUGUAUACUGAAAAUAAAGUAACUUUAUGCAUUUAUGGGAGA